AACGGUAGCAUCACAAUUAGGACGGAUUGUCAGUGGCACUGUUUAAUCAUAGUAUUAUUGUUGUCAGCAUAAGUCACUCCUAAUGUGUGCAUAUCUGCUCAUUUUACGCUUUGAGCCAGGUGCACGCUUUAUGGGACGAGAAUUCAGCACAUUAACGUCUAACCGAUAUUGCGGAUACAAUUUACCCAAAUGUAAUGGUUCUGCCCUACAAACGUCUCGGAAAUGUCCGGAAGUGGGAAACGGUCCUGAAUUAAGCACUUCUAAUGCUUGAAGCUUUCCAUUUGGUUCGAUUUAGGUUAUUAUUUCUGUGCGCAUGAUUCCCCACGCUAUGGGAUGCGCAGAUGGGGGAUAACUCCAUCCAGUGCCAGUACUUUUAAAGGUCCAAAUAACUUUCUGAUUUAGUCACAGUUUUACAAAUCAGUAACCGCAAUUCCAGUAAUGACAGUCUUCGAUCAUGCGCGUAUCGUUCCAGGAAUUUAAUAACUUUGCUUAAAAUAUUUCUGUGCCUCUGCGCCAGAGAUUUUUCUCCUCCUUAUCCAGAGCGUCCUAACCAUGUACCUGUACAACAACGGCGAACGGUCGGUGUGUGCAUGGAAUGCUAUCGAUGUGAAGAUGCACGGUUUCCUGCAGCACGGUCACGUCAUUGGCCUGGAGCAUGGCGGAGAUAGAGAAGGGCGUCUUAUCGUGGAUUUUGGGUGUCCAGAGCAGCGGUCCGUGCUGGUAGAUUGCGGGCAGGCAUUCGGCUGCUUCACCCAUCCAGGCUAUAGCUCGACUGUCCGACCGCUUCAGGGAGCUGUUGUGGAGGUACUAUUAUUUGAUCGUCCCGAUCAUCCAUGGAAGUGGUAUCCCGGGAGAAUUCUCAUCGAUUGUUUUGCCCACAUGCGGGAUUAUGCGCGGGUGGAGGUGAUAAUGCCUGAACAGCGUUGGGUCGAAAUAGUGCCCGACAAGCAGAUCCGGCUGCCGCUCGCGGAGAACAAACGGUCGCGCCGGCGUCUGGCAUCCAGUGAUUUCCAAAUACGGACGUGUAUUCUGCCGCACGGCUACUGGAUUCUCCAGCCUUGCCUAGUCGCCAAAUUAAUCCGUGCCAUGGAAGACAGAUUCUCUUUGCGGUUUACUCGCGUGUUCAGCCAGGAAAUGCACUACAUCCGGCGGCGCGCACACGGUUUGAUAAAGGACAUUACGAUCACGAGGUUUUUCGAAAAGAAGAAACGGGAAUUCGUACUGUCCAGCCAUGAUUUCUCUGAAGAUUCGAACCGUCUGGACGAAGUGACCAGUGAACCAGAGCGGAAUAAGCGGGCCAGUGAGGAUGAUGGCGAUCUGGCAGCGUUGCCAGUAGAACUCAUGAAAGAGGUCUUCCUGUCGUUGGACACGAUCGACCGACAGCGCUGCCGCCGCAGCUGCCGCGGAUGGGAACGAAUUCUCACUUUGACGGAGAUGUGCCGAGAUGUUCGCGUCAAUGUACUGCGUCCGCAUCCGGCCGUUUCAUCGCGACCGGAGGGAGAGUGGCAUCGGUAUCUGGCCUUGUACAGUUGCAUCUUCAAGUACAUCACACCAGCAACGCAGAGCAUUUGUAUCGGGGACACCGAAGUGCGUUGCGGUGAUAUAGACACUUUCAGGAAGAGCAAUCAAGCUUUGACCUUGAUUAAAGGCGUCUUGAACGAAGCCGGCAGUCGUGUUCACCGCUUGGUCGUGCAGCAUCGGUCUCUGAUGGUCAUUCCGUGUGGAUACGAGUUGCUGGAGUUGCCUAUGGUGUUCGCUGAAAUGGCCGCGCACUAUGCGGGACUGGCCAACUGUUGUGAUCGUUUGAUUUGGACAGAUUAUUCCCUGAAAUAUGGAGACGUUGGCAAAGCGACAGCGGAAUUUGCCAUUCCGUUGGCGGUCUUCGUCCUGGUGAAUGUGGACGAAACGCUGAUGUGGAACGUGUUUGAGGAGCAUGUGUUGGGCAGUGGAAUGCCGUUAAAUGUGGAGCGCAUCGCCCACUGCAUAGGCGGUUGCGCAGGGAAGCGUGAUAAGGCUUGGAUGGUCAAAAAGAUUCUAAAGAAUUGUCAAACCGGAGAUCCACGACCCUCUGCUCACUAUCGCGGAAUCAGGUGGACGGAGGACAAUGUUGCUAGCGUGAACGUCCGACAGCUGAACACGUUGUGCCAGCGUGCCUUAUGGCGCUACGUGCAGAAGUGGGAUGCACGCGGGAAAACCUCGGAUAAGCUGUAGAGCGCUGAUUCGAAGCAUUUACGUAGUUGUUUCGUGUUUGUAGAAACAGUGUUCCUAUCGUGCCAUAUCUGACACUUUAUAAGCACAUGACACUUUAUAAGUACAAGGUACGCGUGGAAGUUCCGGUAUCCCUUCAAAGCAUGCAAGAAAUGGGCGGUUUGCCCGGGCCUCCAGGGAGGAGUAACUGUUUGGUCACAUUUGUGUUUUUCUUCAUGGUGUUUUAUAAUAUCUGCCUUAUUGUAAAUAACCACAUUAGUUUGUGCUUUUGUGGCUCGGCUUUUAUGCAUUUCGACUUUAUGUCGGUGUACGGAAGCAUUAUGUUUAUGUUCCUGCGGCACCGCCUUAUGUGUAUGUCUUACAUAUCUAGUCCCAAAAUGGUCUUUUGCUGUUUUCCACAGUCUGACAUUUAUAGACUUAUUCCGGGGCAUUAACAAAGAACUGCGUACCAAACUGCUGCGUAGCAAACUGCAAAAUUUAAGGGAAGUGACCCCCGGUACAAGGUUUUCAAAUUAAGGGUACUGUACAUACACACUUUCGCGCAUGCCCGAUCUCCCAGGCACUUUUUUGCAUCGCUUUGUUGUAUUGUAUGCUGUGGCCAAAUGGUAUGCAUCGUAUAUGUUGUUGUGAAAACCGUUUGUGCGCGCAACAUCCGACUGGGAAGUUAUGGGUGAAAUUAAAUUCCGAACAAGCUUAAUUGUUCCAAAACAAGAACCGUGCCACGUUAUAAUCCAUCGGACCGUCCGGUUCUCAGCUGCAUCUAUAUAAUAAAGGGGUGAAUGUUGUAUAAGGGUAUACGUAACGAUGAUGGAAUUCAUAUUGCUUUAGUAAUCAGCCAGCUUAUGAGCCUCACAUUUUAAAACAUAAUAAAACAAAGUAAAACACUAAAAAGUAGAACGUGGGACGGUCAAUGUUAUGGAAAACGCACUUCCCGCUGUAUUCCAAUGCUGACUCGCCGCAGCAAAAACUCGUAAGAGCGUCACUUCCCAGUGGCCGUGUGCCCAGAUCGUGUAGAGGUUUUAGACAUGCAGGGACAACAACGCCGAAAUUCCUAAAAGCUAAAGAAACAACCAUGUAAUCGUUGGCUAGAUAUUCAUAUUUCCGGAUAUUUCCGGCGCCUUCCUUAUCGGGUUUUUGGGCUGCUUCUCCUGCCUGCCUUGGUACUGCUGCUGAUGACAUUUGAAAAACCAACUGUGUCCAGUCCAGUGAGUCCACCCAUGUCACUUCCCAAGCCAGUCGUAGUUUGUUUCUUUAAGGCAAAUGUGACACACCGUCUGGCCAUCGAUCAUCUACGAUGUUGGUUUCACUGCAGCUGGUUUAUUAACGGUCACGACCUCACUAGCAGAGAGACUGACUACAACAACAAGAGCUUAUUGAUUCAACCGGCAUUGCUACGCCACGUUAACGGUGUAACCUAGCUUCUCCCAAUAACUUGACUGAAGAUGACGAAAGACGAUGAAAGACGAUGAAAGCGUCCGGCACUCUUUAUACAAGGAAAGUCAGACACGCGCGAGCGUUUUACGUACUCUGUUUCCGGUUAAAUCCUACUGCGCCGGCUCCGACUCUGGUCACUUAACGAAUCUGCAAGUGACAGUAGUCAUUCGACUGUUCUAGGAUGCAUGUCUAGAUUGAACAAUUCCGCAAGGAUCGUGUGUCAUCGCUACUAUCUUUUACCAACACUUUGCAGAAGGAAAGCAGACAGUGCAUGAUUAAUGAUCAUGCUGGCCUGAGGAGAGAACAAGAGUUACAAGGUUUGAUCACAACGUUUUGAUCACAACUUGUGUGUAUGAAUGCACAAAUCUGGCCGAGUAACAUUUCUGUUAAACUUUGGAAAUAUUUUCCAAAGCCAGCGGGCGGCCAGAAUAACGGUAAUAACGGUAAUUUAAACUCAGAUCACUGAAAUCUAGAACGAACAUCAGAUGUAAUCGUAAACGCCUGUUAUCUCAAGUAGCCAUUAAAUUGUGUAAUAUCAACGGAAUUUCAACUAAAUCAGAAGAAGUAAAAAUGUUUUGCACAGGUCAAGAUAUUGUAGGUCUGACUGAGACCAAAGAUAAGCCUGGGUUGCCCGAUAAGCUAUUUAGAGACGGCAGAAUGUUUAAUGUUUUUCGUCGAGAACGUAUCGGUAGGUCAGGUGGUGGUGUUGCUCUAAUUGUCAAAAAUGUUUGGCUGGACAAAGACGGUCGGACCUUGAGAGAGAUGACAUUGAAUUUGUUGCGGUUGAGAUUAGCAGUAUUAACGUAAUUGCUGGUGUAUUUUAUGGCUCCCCUGAUAAGAUUGCGGAAAUACUACCACGUUUUCUUGAACAUUUGAGCGAAAAGUUUGUCGAAAACGAUAUGCAGCGGCUUCUACUGAUGGGGGAUUUUAAUUGUCCCAAAAUUAACUGGCAAGCAUUAACGUCAAAUACUGUGCAUGGACAGCAUUUGUUAAAAUCGUUAAAAGAAUUUAAUCUGAAACAAAUUGUAACUUUUCCG